AUGGAUUUUGAAAAAUUGUAUGGCUUUUGUAAUUCACUCAAAAGUAGAUUGGAGGUGCUAGAGAGAGAAAAGAUUGAGAGAGAUAAGUUGGAUAGAGAGAAGCUAGAGAGGCAACAAACUGAAGAAGUGGAAGAAAGGCAACAACCUAAACAAGUGUCAGAGAGGUUGCAACAACCUGAAAAAGUGGCACAGAGGCAACACCUUGAACAAGUGGUAGAAAGGAAACAACCAGAAAAAGUAGCUGAGAGUCGACUACCUAGUGAUAAAGGUUCUUGCAACCCUGGAUCAUUUGGCAACAUUCCCGAGGGUCUCUUUCGUGUUAAUAUAUAUUUAUCCUCCCCGAGUCGUUGUUUGGUUGCUCGUGGAAAACUAUAUAACACCAAAGGUAACACGGUACAUGGCAUGACGUUACCACCUGGAUAUGUCAAGGUUAAUAUCGAAGUUGCUAUUGUGCCAAAUGCCCCAUUGCCUAUAUCUGUUGAAGAUGGAGAUGUAUCCAUGGUUGGUCAAGCAAUAGGAACAAUUGUGCCAUGGCCAACGAAACUUCUUGAAUUUGUUGCUGAAUGUGAAAAGGUAAAUUACUUAUAA